AUGCUCUCGCGCGUGUCUCGUUCCGUCCUCUCAUCCUCCGUCCGUUCUCUCCGCGUCGGCCGGACUUCAGCAACUGCGCCCGCUGCCAUCUACAUCCAACACCAGGCCAGCCGUCCGUUUCAGCAAUCCUGUCGAGGCUUUCAGUCUAGCCCCUCGAACCGCAAAGGCAUCUUCCCAGACUCCGCCGAUCCGCCUGCCCCGAACCCGCAAUCGCAUAAUGUCGCUGGUGCGGCUGCCCAUGUCACGGAGCCCUCACCAUUGACUGAUGGAGAAUAUCACGAAUAUGCGGAGCAUUACCUCAAUGUGCUUCAGAAUGAAGUGGAAAAGGUGCAGGAGGAAGGAUUUGACCUUGAAGCAGAGUACAGCGCCGGUGUACUGAAUAUUAUUGUUCCUGGUGUGGGUACCUACGUUUUGAACAAGCAGCCCCCCAACAAGCAGAUCUGGCUCAGCUCGCCAAUCUCGGGUCCCAAGCGGUUUGACUGGGUUGUCGAAGGCGACCAGAUGCAUGAGAAGCAGGACACACGUCCCUUCGUCAACGGACAAUGGAUCUACCUCCGCGACGGAACCAACCUGACUGAUCUGUUGAAUGCGGAGUUGACAUUGAAGCUACCAAAGGAUGUCUACAGUGAAAUCGAUGAGUGA